AUGGCUGAUUGGGGUAAUAUACCCAACGACAUUGCCACAAUCAUUGCUGAGCAUCUGCUCUUCUUGGAAGACUUUGAGGCUUUCGGCUUCGUCUGUUCUGGUUGGAGAACAGCCGCAAAGCAAGCCAAGUUUCGAGCCAACGUGGACAUAUUUUCCCCAUCAUCACCCAAACCCAAGUCGGUAUGGCUCAUGCUACCCGAACUCGAUGAUACCUCGAACCAACGCCGCUUUUACAGCCUCUAUAACCGCAAAGUCCGCACAGCCAACCUCCCUCUGUCGUCGAACCCCAACAACAGCGACAUAAGGUUGUUAUCGUCGCAUGGAUGGUUGCUGUCUGUCGCUGAAGACAGUGAUAAUCUGUGUAUUGUCAACCCGUUGUCUAAUGCCAUAAUUAACCUUCCUAAGUUUAGGUUCUGGAACCAUUUAUUAGGCGGUUUUAGUUACUAUACAUGUUAUGGUGUGACACUAUUUGAGAAAUUCAUCUUAUCAGGGAACCCGUCGUUGUCUAGUGAUUUCACAAUCGCCCUCGUUUUGGCCGAGCCUUAUGCUAACUUAUGUUGCCGUCAUGAGAUCAUCUCUUUCUGGAGGAACGGCAAUCAUCAAUGGGAACCACUUUUGGAGGACGGAGGACUUGAUGACUUUGUAAAUUUCUAUAAUGAUAUUAUUUUUUACAAGGGAAACUUUUAUAGCGUUGAUGAUCGUGGAAUCAUUUGGUGUUACGAAUUAGACCACUCAGGUUGUCCUCAUGAGCGGGUGGUUGCUGAUCUUAAGACCCAGUUGCCCGAUGAUUAUUCGCCCUACGUAUUCGAGCUGAAUGUUGAUAAUGGGGAAGCUAAGAGUGUUCCUAACUUGGGUGAUGUAGCGAUUUUCGUGGGUUGCAACUCCUCCUUCUCGGCAAAGGCAUCUUCUGCUCAUGGCAUCAAACACAACUCUAUUUAUUUUACUGAUGAUUAUAGGCCAGCACAUGAUUCUGGAAGGAGAUUAAAGUCCAAAAGCAGAGGCUUUAUUGAAAUGGGCAUCUUCAGUUUGACAGAUGAAAAUAGACAUCAGCUUGAUUUCGUUGAACAACCACAUUUUAGUGAAUAUGCACCAUAUAUGUGGCUUGAAGAUCCAAGUUUAUGA